UUCUGCUUGUUUUUUUUGUGUACCCCGUGAUUGUGGAGGUGUAAAACGUAUUAGUGCGAUAAGUUCGAUGAUAUUUUCAAGGUUGAAUGCCCAAAUUCAUGCUAAGUGAUGUAAGAAUUGUGUUUAUUCUGGAUGUAUAACCGGCGACAAUAUUUCCGCGUUCCGAUCUCGCUCGAACAUCGUCCGCCCUCGCGGGAUUGCUCGUAAAAUCAUUGCUCUGUGGUGUACGAUACAGAACGUUGUCGGCCGUGAACCGCAUACAAAUGACAAAACAAUCGACUUCCUGAUAUUUGGCUGUAGGAAGAAUUCCACAGCGAUCUCGGACGUCUUCACGAUUGUGAUGGAUGUGAAGCUGCAAUGGAAAAGUUCGCUGUGGAUUUAGACAAAGUUCUCGAUGAGUUUGAAGAAAAGGAAGGUCUACUCGGGGACACACCUCCUGCUAAUUAUCCACUCACGAAGGACAGUGCCCCUACAGCCGUUAUCAACCAUGUUGCAAGCUUGCCGAAGGCCUUUACCAGCCUUCCAGAUCAAAACGGUGAUCACAGACCAUCCAUUCAGCUGACAACAAACGGCAACCAUGUGCUAGAUCGUCCUCCUCCUUUUCAAUCGGACUACCCAGUACUAACGGCCCAAGUGCUGGACUGUGAACGUUUUCGUCUCAAUCACGAGGCCACUGCCACGACCGAGUGCGAGCUCGCCAGUGCAGAGACAGACAUUUCGAAAAAUGGAUCGACGUUGCACGACGACCUCGUCCGUGGCGAGGUGCAAAAUGAAGAGUCCGUCGCGGUCAGUCAGCCCCACAGGAUGUUCCCAUUGGAUGAAAUAAGAUGGAAUGACAAAGAACAACAGCAACCUGUUCCAGUCCUGCCAACAUCUCAGGCAUCCGAUCCACCAACGGAGGGAAGAGGCGAGAGAAGCAGUGACGUCCCACGACUCUGUUUCGCAACAAAGGAAGACGAUGUCGUUAAAAAGGAGCAGGCAUUGGAUUCUAACAGGAACAUGCUCGCAGUGUCGGAUGACAAACUUUGGAGAGUGCCGGAUCAAAAAGUCCAGUCCGAAGAAGGAAAGAGCGACGCAGACAGGUCCGAAGCAUUAUGUCAGUCAAAGGACACAGAGGAGCAGAACGACAGUUUGGGGGAGCCGCAAUCAGUGGACAGCAAUCCUAGAGUGCCAGAAGAAGCGACGGACAAGACGGAUUCCAUGGAGCCCGCGGAGCUUCUCGCCUCGGCUCUUACUGCAACGCACGGACCCAAUCCGGCGGCGUCCGACGGCGCCUCUCUAUCUGUUCUUCUCGACGAACCGAUCACUAUCCCAGAAGAAUGUGUCCGCAACCCCCCUGAUUCAUCAGACUCCGCGCAGGAUUGUGCCAACGAUGGCGUGAAAGAGUUGACGGCGGAACCGCAGCCUAGCUCCAGGGAUGAUUGUACGGCACAUCCUGUCAAAACAGGGCCCGUGUCGUCGGAGUCUUCAGCGACUCUGCCGGACUUCAGUGAGGACGAAGUUCUGAGGGUGUCUGUCGCUAACGGCGUUGAAAUCCAACUUCUUUCGGGCGACGGAAUUGAUUUGGAGAACGCGCGGUCGGAGGCGACGAACAGCUCGCUGUGCUCGCUGACGGGCGAGGCGACCAUAAUUACGGAGGACGAAGUUCCCGCCGCGGAGGACGAGAGGACCGGUCUCAACUUCGAGCCGGCCACGGAAGCUACGGAUCGCGAGUUGGAGGCGUUACUGGCGGAGGAAGAGGAGAGGGGGAGCGUCAGCAGCCCUCAGGAUGAUGAAGAGGGGGAGAGGAGCUUCUUCCCGCCGUUGAGCGAGGAGGAACAACUGUUGGGCAAAGUGAAGCCAUUCUGGAUACCGGAUGUGGACGCUCCAGCCUGCAUGCUGUGCGACACACGCUUUACAGUGCUGAAGCGGCGGCAUCACUGCAGAGCCUGCGGAAAGGUGCUGUGUGGCAACUGCUGCAGGUACAAGUCAAAGCUGCCCUGCCUGGAAAACAAAGAGGGUCGCGUCUGCCAGCCUUGUCUCACCGUGCUCAACAGAGUUGCUGCAGUGGAACGCCUCAGCAGCCCCAAUCCCAACAACCCCGAGGAGUACUGUUCGCGUGGUCCCCCCACCCUCGAGAGCAGCCCCACCAAUGGAGAGGGUCCCCCUCUAACUGUGCUGGUCCCCGUGCUGAGGAAAGGCCCGCGGCCAGGGGGGGACCCACCGAAACAGGUGGUGUUCUCGGACGGCAUACGGCCCGGCGGAGACCUGUCCGAGAUAGCGGACGGGCCGUCGGUCAUGCCCGCGUCUCGCCCCAGGGGCAUUAAAGAGGUGACGUUGCCGGGUGGGGGUCAGGACGAGGGAGCUACGCCCCCGUCUCAGGGGCGUCAUGCCAAGAAGGUGGUGGUGUCUGAUGCCGAAGGCACGUUGCCGCCAAUACUUCUUACAGGUUCAAUAUCCAACGAGAACUUUGACGCCACAAAGCUGAUGAGUGUACUGAAAGAUGAGAAUGCCGAGCCCGUAACUUUUGCGCUGACCAAGAAUCUCCAUGUCUUUGCAAAGAUAGUGAAAUUGGACUGCUGCAUGAACUGCAAUUGCUGGUGCUUCAGCAGCUCUGGCCUGUCGUCCCUGGGGCAAGACGAAGUGCUGCUCCUGUUUGACCACACCGAAGUGGAGUCGACGGUGCCCCGCGAUGCCCUACGCCUCUUCAGCACCCUCCACGACAAUGCGGUCCACGGGGGAGGCCCCAUAGGGUCCAUGGGUCAUCUGCUGUUUCCGGAUGGCGUCUUGGGCAGCCGCGACCAGAGUGGGUUCCUCUUCGUCCCCCCUACGCUUCAGUGCGUCAAGAAACUGCCGCUCCCACGUGCGCCGUGGCUUGCAGCCGUGCUGGUGCAUCGGUGGGAGGUCCCCUGGGCCAAGCUGUUGCCGUUGCGGCUUGUUCUGAGGCUCGGUAGUGAAUAUCGUUAUUAUCCGUGUCCCUUGAUGAGCACUCGAUUCCGCAAACCAGUCUACGGAGAAGUGGGACAUACCAUCAUGAAUGUUCUACUGGACUUUCGGAACUUCCAGUACGGUCUACCUUCUCUGGGCGGACUGGUGGUGCACAUUGAGGGGCAACGCACAACCGUCCACGUGCCGCGGAAUCGUUACGACGCGUUGUGCCGCGUGUUGGACAGCAACGAACACGUCCUGGCCCUCGGGGCCAACCUCAGCCCCAGCGCGGACUCCCAUCUUGUCUGUGUACAGGGAGACGAGGGCACCUACAGGACGCAAGCGGUACAUGUCGCACACGAGGAGCAGAAGAUAACGGGUGCUACGUUUGUGGUGUUCAGCGGCGCCUUGAAAGGCACCGGAGAUGCCAAGUGCAGCGUCGUCGAAGACGGACUCCUAGUGCAGCUGUCUCCGACGGCGAUGGCGGCGCUUCGGACCGCACUGCGCGCGAUGAAGGACUGGGAGGCGCAGAGCGGGCCGGAGGAAAGCAUAACUGUCGUCUGGGAAGAGGACGAUCGGCAGUGCAAUGUGGGAGUGACCAGCCCAAUUGACAACCAGAGCAGAGAAGGCGUACCCAGCGUCCGAAUACGAAACGCAACUGACUACUCGUCGCAAAGACACGUUAUCCGAUGGACCGAAGUCUUCUUCCUCCACAUGGACGAUGCUAAGAAGACGUCCGAGGAGUCCCAGCGUGUGUCCGAAGCUUUAGCCAAGAGCUUCUCUAUGGCCAUGUUGCCUCAUCUGAGCCAACUGCACUCUUUGGGAGUAGUUGGCUUGCGAGUCGAAUUAGGGCCCGAACGAGUCGGCUACGAAGCCGGGUCCAACGGAAAGCCGCUUCCGGCGUCAUGCCUCAGCGAACUGGACUGUGCUCUGGUGCCGCUCUUGACGACGGCGCAAGAACGGCUAGCCGUGGAACUUGUCUUUCACGUUUUAUUGAAGUGACGCGAUAAGCGUUACACAUUGUGUGGAAUAAUGGACAAGUAUGAGAUGCAAUAGAAGAAUGGAGAAGCUGCAGUGUUGGGCGGGGGGGGGGGGAGGGGGAAAUUAUAAUCAAAAGAGGAACACUAAUGUAGUCAAACAGCAUACAUGGAUAACGUUUGAGGAUGCACUUCGAGUUUUUGCCCCGUCUUCUCGACUGCCCCCCUUUGGCUAAGGAGAUACGGAGUCUUCUAUAUUUUUAUAUUUCAGUUUGCCACGGAUUAGUUUUGUUUUUGGCAGAACGAUAGGGGAAUGCAAUGCUAGGAUAUAAAUUGUAUCUGGAAUGACUUGCUGGUGCUCCUUUGUAUGCUUUCUAGUGUACCGACUGUAGGCGCGUGCUUUUAAAUUGUGCCUACGCAACGAUUUGAUAAUUAAAUUAUGUACAGAACGA